GACCGGGCUUUAUUCCUUUGGUAUUCUUCGGUAUGGUUCAGCCGACUACCCUAAAGAAAAAGCAUUCCCUGGUGGGGAAAAGUUUGCUGCCGCUGUUCGCACGGUUCAAUGGUAGCCCUGAUGAGCCCAGAGAGUUGGCUAGGAUGGGCAAGGAUCAACCUUUGGAGAAUCUGGAUUCCGAUGGUAUCGCCACAGCCUUCAAGAAACUCACCGGAGAAAACAUCGGAGACGUCCUUGCCGCCCUCGGCAAACAAAGUGGAGCUGGAGUGGCUUUAUUGCACCAUGCAAUUGUGCUAGCGAACGAAAUCGGCCAGCCAGUAGGGCAGCCCCUUAGGGACCCGCCCAUCACUCCACCGGGUGUUUCGGAUGAUGUAAGUGAGCCACCGAGGAAGGUGCAGAGGAUAGCGUGCCAGGCGACCGUAGCUGAUCCAGUGCAGAAGGCAAAGGCGAAGGGUAUGGACAUUUUGGGUUACGAAAUCCAGGAUUGGGAAUUCCAGAUUCCGUUUGAUCCGCAGAGAGCAGUAGCAUCCAAGCAUCUGUCGCCGCUGUGGACAACUCUGGAUGGGCGUGAACCUCGGCUUUCCACCCACCAAUGCCCGGAUUUUGAAAGCGUUAUAAAUGACGGUGUAUGUUUUGAUUUGAACGAGCUGCCACUACGAAACCCUGAUCAUUUUGUAGCAGGUCAAGUUCAUCAAAAUUUAGAUCAAUGGCGGGAAGUCAUUGGCCAUGUUUCUGAUACUUGUCCUGUUUCUAGCCAAGUAUUAUCAUGGCUAACAGACGGUGUUAAUGUGGAUGAUUUUUUCAGGCCAUUUAAGGGCAACUUUAAAGGUGAAUCGUUUGACUCGGAUACCCCGCCUUCUCGAUACUACCCGAAUUCCAACAGUUGUCAGCAGUUUGGGGAGUUUAUAGCCUCGGAGCUUCAGCAGCGUGUUAAAACGGGGGCAAUGGAAUUAGUUGGUCGGGUGGGCGAGUGUCAAUUACCAUCCAUCAUCAUGCCGCUUACUGUCGAGCCUACAAAACCACGGCUUUGCAUAGACAACCGAUACUUAAAUUUAUGGAUUAAGGAUUCUCCGUUUCAAUUGGAAACGCUUAAACAUGUUUAUAGGCUAGUUGAUGAAAAUGCGAGAAUGGUCUCAACGGAUGAGAAAUCCGGGUAUGAUCAUGUUCUCCUGUCCCCUUCCAGUUCAUCUUACUUUGGCGUACAGUUUGGGGGUUGGGUUUUCCGCUGUAGAUCUUUGCCGUUCGGGUGGAAGUCUUCCGCUUAUAUCUAUCAAAUGGUUGGGAUGUUUGCAACAACGUAUUUGCGCACAUUUGGCAUUCGCAAUGCUCAGUAUAUCGAUGAUAGAUUAGCCGUAGAGGCAGUGUUCUCUACUUCUAACGUAAAGCAUCUUCCAAUAGAGGUAAUUGCUUAUGCUUUGUUGCAGCUAUUAACGAGAUUGGGUUACACAUUUGCAAUUCACAAGUGUAAGCUCGACUUUGGGACGUAUCUCAAAUAUUUGGGGUUUAUGGUUGAUUCAGCUAGAUUAGCUUAUAUUCUCCCGGACUAUAAGAAAGUUAGCUUUGGGGCUUUGCGUGAUUAUAUCCUGUCGUGCCAGCAGAUCAAUAUCAAAACGUUGCAAAGAUUUUCAGGCAAAUGUGUGUCAAUGUUGUUGGCAGUUCCAGCAGCUGCUCUCUACACUAGAGAAGUAAAUGCGGCAAUAUCAAUGGGCCUAAAAAAUAGUAGGGAUGUUCAAGUUUCUGGCAAGUUACGCGCUGAAAUAGAACAUUGGAGAUUUUUAGAUUCGUGGGGUGGUUGUUUGAAGUGGCGUCGGGAGUCACAUAAGCAGAUUGUUCUCGCAACAGAUGCAUCGCUUUUCAAAUACGGGGCGGUGGUCACAGAGGGUGAGCAUGCGGGUUUGAGCUUUUCUGAUUUCUGGGACAAGGAUGAUAAGCGGCCAAUAAUUUUAAAAGAAGCUGAUGCUUUGUUAAAAUCGUUGCAAUCCAUGCAGCCUGAUUUGGUUGGCAAAAGAGUGGAUAUCUUGACGGAUAAUAAGCCGCUCAUCUUUGCAUGGAAAAACCAAGGUUCAAAAUCUUCUCCUUUGAAUGAUUUGUUGAAGCUCAUAUUUCAAUUCGUCUUUCAAAAUAGUAUAGAUUUGAGGCUUUUCUAUGUGCCAUCUAAGCUCAACCCUGCAGAUGCUCCAUCUAGAUCACUAAGUUCCGAUGACAUUACGCUCGCAGACGAGGUUUGGACCAUUGUCCAAAAGGCAUUUGGCCCGCACUCUGUUGAUCUCAUGGCGCUGGAUUCCAACGCCAUGUUGGAUAAUAAUCGGUUGUCUCUGCGACAUUUUACUCCUUCACCUUCGCCAUUUUCAUCUGGCAUCAAUGUUUUUGCUCAGAAUGUGGCAAAGGAGGGCAACCCGUACGUUUUUCCACCAGAUAAUCUUGUAUUAUCUCUUUUGUCGUUCUUAGCUCAGCAAACAGUGUCUGCUUUGACUAUGAUUGUUUUGUUAACGCCGGAGGCUUCCAUUGCUUUGCCAAUCCUCCGUGCAUACUCUAUCUCUAAGAUAUGCUUGGGUCAAAAAGGUCAAAAAAGAGUUAUUAAGAUUCCUUCAAAGCUGGGAUAUAAGCUUGAUGGUGAUGGUUUAAAAUACCCUUUAAUUGCCUAUAGGCUUUCUUUUAAAAAGGGUAAUUAAUUUUUCAGAUGGCGAGUCGGCGGCGUCUUUUGUCGGGCAUCGAUUUGCAGGGCAUAAACAAUCGUUUGGAUAUCUUGGAUGAGCGACACUUGAA